AUGGAAGACGUCAUGAUUGAUACUGGCAGACCCCUGAAUGCUCGCAAUCUGAAGAGCAUGGGAAUCAUUUAUCAAGUGAGAGCCAAGCCAACACUUAACACCUCCUGGGAAGCACUUAAAGAUCAGAGGGAGAUUCCCAACGGACUCUACUUAUUCUCCAAGAUCGACCCUCCAGAGGUAAUUGCUUACUAUCUAGAGGAUCUGUACAAGCAAGGAGUGGAUAUCAUAGAAUUCCAAGUGGACUGGCUACCUGAGUUUCCACCAAACUUCCAUAAGAGGAUGCGAGAGCCCUCUGAGAAGACCAAGCAGGCGAAGAAAGCUAAGCUGGGAGAAACAUUUGGAUCAAGACCUCUAGUGCCUCUGGUUGGCUCUCUAGGUAAGUCUGUAUCUCUCCCUCCCUCUGUAAAAAUUAAACCCAUUGCUUCUUCACUUUCUCAAACAAACCUUAUAUACACAACUACUGAUACUCCUCCCUCAACCACCAGAUCCUCUAACCAACCAUCUCAAAAAUUCAACCUCGCCACCACAACUCUACAUGUUUCAGAAGCAGAAAUGCUAAAUGAAACCACUUCACCAUCUUCAUCACCAUCUCCUCAAUCCCCACCUUACUACAACCUUUCAUCUGACACUGAACCUUCUGACCCUCACUCCCCCACUCUGGCUCAGCUCCAAGGCCGUGCUCUGGCCUCUCAAAAGCCAUCACAUCCUAACCCUGAACCUGAAGUCACUUCCCUACCUCCGGAAAAUCGAAACACAACCACUUUUGAACCUCAACCAUCAGCACCAACCCACUCUAAACCACAACCUUCAGAACCAAUCCACCCUAAAUCACAACCAUCUGGACCAACACACUAUGACAUACCAUAA